AUGGCAAGCGACUGCGGUUUUGCAUGCCCUGUCGCUGGAGGAUUCUACCUGUACCAACCCAGCAUCAGCGGAAACAGUACUUUCAUCGUCAUUUAUGGGUUAAUAUCUCUCGCUACCCUCUUCCUCGGUCGGCGACAUGGGACUCGGCAAUACUCUGCGCUGCUAUACGUGUCUCACCUUCUCCAGAUGCUCGCUUUUGUUGGCAGAGUUUUGCUUCAUCGCGCGCGAGACUCACAACCGUACUUCUUCGUAUUCCUAAUAGGCACUCUCGUGGCACCACUGUUGGCUGCAAGCACGAUACUCUCAGCCUUGCCUUCAAUACUCAUCAAUAAUGUGGGACAGCCACCCGAUACUUGCAGAUCAGCGGUGUUUCGAACAGGGUUGCACGGCCUGAUCUUGUUGGCAUUUAGCCUUGAGGUAGCGGGUGCUGCGGUGUUAUGCUAUGGCCAGAAGAUGCUAGAGGCAAUUGUCGUCGGGCUCAGCGUGCAGACUCUCGGUCUUACACUCAUGCUGGGAAUAUGUGCCAAGGCAUCGUAUCACGGUCACAAAGGUGCUCGCGGCCAACAUAUUCCUGAUGGCAAUGAGUCAUCUCGCCGAGGACUGGAAGCUGCCGGAGUGGCCCUUUUGAUACAUUCAAUAUAUCGAAUCGUCGAGAUGGCGUUGGGCGUAUCUGGAACUUUGUUCCAAAGCGAAACCGCCUUUAUGGUGGUCAAUGGAGCACUGCCGCUCGUUUAUUGCAUGCUGCUGCUCAUAUUCCAUCCGAAAACCGUCGCUUGGUCAUCGUCAGCCUUGAUAUCACCCGCAUCCGAGAAGCGCAAGGAACGACCGCCACCACUUACUCGUCAAGACAGCCACCCGGCACAUCAUGGAUACUCGCCAAACAUUGCACUACAACUUUCGCCCAUGUCUCAAAAGAGUCAGGCGUCAAACCCUCCAGAAGUACCUUCGGGAUCUCCUGGGCUGCCAGCCAACCCGCGACCAGCGAAUAAGUUGACGCCGGCGCCCACGGCAGCGCCGACUCACAAUAGCAAGCCUGCAUCGACACAAAUUUUGGCUACACAAAAUAGUGCGGGCCACCAUGGGAUAGGUAGAGGAGCCAGCAGACGUGCCCGCGGCCACAACGUUCCUGAAGGGAUGGUGAAAAAAGAUGACGUGUGGUAG